GUGUUUCGUCUUGUCUCUUGUCAGUUGAUGCGAAAUAACAUUCGAGGAGAACUGACUGUUGCUCAUAGCCGAGAACAGUUUUCUCUCAAAGACAACUCAUUCAUUGCAGCCGUGGCUUCUUCACUGCGGAUAGGCUGCAGCAAGGAGAUGAAAUAUAUCAGGGACGCGCUCCUUCCAGUGCUCAUGAGCUGUGCAACGAGUGCUGGAAAUGUAAAGACCCUGGAAGAACUUCUUAAUCAGGGUGCGGACGUUAAUUCCACCACGGACUACGAUGGCCGAACCGCUCUUCACGUCGCGUGCGUGGAAGGAAACAGUGAAGCUGUCAAAUUUCUGUUAAAACACGGCGCCUCUACGCAAGUAAGAGACAGAUUCAACACUUCUCCUCUGGACGACGCAAUUAAAUUCCGGCAUAAAGAGAUCGUGAAAACUCUUCGUAAGGCUGGCGCUAAGCUGAUGAAAACUUCUAUGGAGACCGCUGUUGAACUCUGCCGCUUGGCGGCCAAAAAUCGCGUGGAUGACCUGUUGGUGUGGCAGCUAGCAGGAGUGGAUUUAAAUGCUUGUGAUUACGAUAAAAGAACGCCUCUCCACGUGGCUGUUUGCCGGAACAACGCCGAGACUGUGGCUUUCUUGUUGGAACAUGGAGUGAAUCCAUACCUCUGCGACGUUUUUGGCAGCACGCCAUUGGACAAUGCCAGGUCUUAUGAACUAGAGAACAUUGUCCACAUGUUAGAGGAAUACUGCGGGGUGCGACAACUGAGCAUUCUCUCUAUAUAGCUGGGAAAAGAUUGUUUGAAGAAUUAAGAGGUCAUGAUCUGUAUACAAGUACGAGAUUUCACCCCGAGUUUUUAGUGAGACUUUCUACCAAUGUCUUUUGUGGCGGGAAAAGUGUGAUAGCUCGUGGCAUCAUUUAAUCGCUUUUUCGCUAAAUAUAAGGAAGGGUACGAAUUUACUUGCGCGGCAGUGUUUUUUUGGGAAACACGUGCUGGUUAUUUUACUACGAGUUUUACUUUUCCUAUCUCGAGUUGACGUAAGAGUUCUCAAGCAACUCAGUUUUGUCGGGGAAUGGGGAAUUAUUGGAGGGACCUGGCGUGAAUGUCAUUGUAAGUUAUUUUAACAGUAAAUUAGUUUUUACGCGCGUUGUAAAAUUCAAAUCAAAUCUCACUGUUGACUGAAAGCCAGGGAAGUUGUAAUCGGUGUAAAUUAUUUCGUUAUUUAUUGCAGGGAUAAUUGUGUCUGAGAUUUCGGAGCGUAUUCUCCAAGGUGUGCCGUAUUUCAUCAAGGCAAAAAAUAUGGACACCAUAUUUAUUUUUGUAUUUAAUUCAUGUCUGGGUUUGGAAAUCUUAUUUCAUAAACUAAGACUAAUAUAACGAGCAAAGGUGUAAGAAUGAACAAGAGUUAUCUCUGUAGAAAUUGUAAUAACUGCCACUACAUUUGUUUAGUAUUAAUUUUGAAAUUGUAUAGUAUAGAGCGUUUUACGGAGUAGAAACUCUGAAAAUAUAAAGUUAAAUCAAACAAAA